UUUUUUAGAUUCUUCAAAAUGGAUCCAAAUGAAAUCAAAAAAGAGCCUCAAACACCUUCAUCCCAAAAACGAGCAUCUCUUACUUUUGCUCGAAACCAUCCCGGCAGUUUAUCUCCACGUCGUCUUCCAACAAGUGCAAGUUAUGCUUCUGCUUUAUCCUCAACUACUGGAAGCGCAUUUAACCCUUCUGCCGUUGUGCGGCGUGAACUUGAGUUGGAAAGGGCGGAAAGUAGUGCUUCUACAACGAGGGCUUCUAGUGCGAGAAGGCAACAGAGCAUCGGCCCUCCCCAAGUUCCAGUUUCUCGCCGUUCAAUGGAUUUUGACCCGGCAAAUAUUGCAAAUAUUCGCCAACAGAGACGCUCAUUGAUGGGACAGUUAUCUUCAAAUGUCUCUACUACUGGGGCUAUAAACGCUUCCCUUGCAUUACAAGCAGCUACAACAAAAAUAGAUAACAGACCGGCAAUUGUUAUUGAAAUUGGCAAUAGAUUGACAAAAAUUGGCUUUGCUGGAGAAUUUGUGCCUCUUGACGUUUUCCGAACAGAAUGGCUUGAUCCUAUGGAAACAACGGGACGGACAGUUCCUUCGCCUAUAUUUUGUAGAGAUUGGAGUGAGCAGGAACAAUAUGAAAGACUCGUUAAAUUUUUUCGAGUUAUUGUGUUUAGGUUUGUUUUUAUUUUAAAUAUUUUUUGA